CCCAUGGCCUUCCAAGCAGCUGGCUCUGCUGGAAUCAAUACCCGCAAUAUGUCCAGUCAGGUCCCAUCACCACGCCCGGGUUCUUCAUCCAGGUCACGCGCUAGUCCUCGACCUCGUUCCAAAAGGUUCGACUCUCCGACACCACCUAAAAGAGCUAUGCCAACACCGGCCUACCUCGAGCAGUCGUCAAAGCCAGCCAAACGGAACUCUUGGUCACAACCUCUACUAGUCAUCCUGGAUUUGAAUGGCACGCUCGUCCACCGGCCUGACCGGUACAUGCCACCUCGGUUUAAGAGAAGAGCGGGACUGGACAUCUUCAUACAGACGUUGAUGCAGAAAUACAAAGUCAUGAUAUGGUCGAGUGCCCGACCUCCCACCGUAGACGGCAUCUGCCGCCAACUCUUCAUCAAUGACAGCCGGACGCAAAUCGUCGCCGAAUGGCACCGCGAGCACUUCAAUCUCACUCCGCAGCAAUACGAUGCCAAAAUCCAGGUCUACAAAACCCUCAGUACCGUAUGGGCCGACGAAAAGGUCCAAGCAUCAUACCCCAACCCCAAAGACCUAGGCUCGUCCGUGCCUGCAACCUUCCAAAAGACCCGCUGGGACCAAACCAACACCAUCUUAAUCGACGACACCCGCCUCAAAGCAAGCAGCGAACCAAGCAAUCUCCUCGAAAUUCCCACCUUCGACGGAUCCUCCGGCGCCGAAGACGCCGCCACAUUAACCAAGGUCCUCCAAAUGCUCGAGGAGCUAUCCUUACACGACGACGUCAGCCAAGUCCUCCACAAAUGGUACAACUCGAUCCCCAAAACAGGCAACCUCUGCCUGGACAUCAAGCUCCAAGAAGACCCCGAAGCCCAACAUCAACUCCAAACCCAAUGCUACAACGGCCCCCUCACCCCAACGGAGAUCGCCGAAGCACGCAAACAGCGCCGCAAAGCCCGCAAGCGUGAAAAGGUCGCCGAGAAAGCCAGAGCCCGUCAGAUCCAGAAGCAAGAACAGCGUUUAGCCAAACAGUACCCACCCCCUCCCACAUAUACCCCAGGGGUCGUCGCCUCAUCUACUGUCGAUGAGACGAAUACUGUCACACCACGUACAGAUCUCUCUUCCUCCAACUCAUUCCCUCCUCAUUCUCCAUCAUCACCUUCAUCUGACUCGACACCGGGUGGCACUGCUAUACCAACAGGAUAUGAUGUCAAUGACAAGGUCAAAAGGACUUUGAGGGUUGAUGGUGAUGCUGAUGAUGCAAGUGAUCGUUCCCCGUCGCCUGCUGCUUCAACUCAAUCUGAGAAUUAUCUCUUGGAUCGGUUGGAGGAGUCGUUGAAGACGGGUUGAGGGGUAGAGUGUUUCCUUCUGAUAUUGUGUCCUUUCUCGUUUGGUGUGGAUAUUGUAUUCUGUAUUGCGGGAGGUGGGUGUUGAACAUGAUAUGGUAUGGUGUAUAUGUGGUAGGAGUCAGACAGUCAGGGCUAUGUUGUUAAAGAACAAAGCGGCUGGGCUGGGACCAGCUGGUUUACUUUACGUGUGCACAGUGAAUUUCUCAUGAACAGGCUAUUAUAUUAUAGAAUACGAUAU